UUGAUAGAGUGGAAAACACUUAGCUUUGAUGGCUACAAAGACGUCAAGUUUCGCUUCUCUUCUUCUGUCUUUUUUUAUCAUGCUCUUAUUUGUCUCAUCUCAAGUUGGGGUCACCGAGGCCAAACAUCUGCAAAGGAACAAAUUGCGCUUGGAUUGUGUUCCUCUUCCACCUCCUCCGCCUCCCCCUCACUUCGUGCCCACACCACCAAUCGUGACGCCUCCCUCUAAAUCGGGAAAAGGAAAAGGACCAUAAGUCAAACUAAUCAUCUAUGGAAGUGACAGAUACGAGAGGUCAAGAAAGUGAUUAAGAAGAACAGUCAAGAUUAUCUUUAAAUAAAUAAAAAAACAUUGGUGAAGACACCAUAGAACAGUCAAGUACAGUUAUAUUAACUGGACUUGGCAGAUAUAAUGUAUGAGUUUUAUAUAAAUCAUGUGUACGUACUACAAAUAAA